AAAGCCGAUUUCCUUCAACUUCUUUGAGUCUUCAGAAACACAGAAAUGGCAACAAACCAGCAAGAGGUGGAGGGAACAGUUAGAGAAGCUGCAGGGCACUGAUGAAGGUGAAGUAAUCAGAAUUGGGAGCAUGAAAUAUGUGAAUGAUGCAAAAUUCCGCAUUGCAAAGGGUAGUGAUGGUACUGAAGUCUUCUUGGGGCUGAGAGAUGAUGGCACUGAAGUUGCCAUUAAGAGAAUGUCUAAAUCCAACUAUGAAGUACUGAAGAAUGAGGAGGGAUUUCUACGACUUCCAGAGCUUGAUCAUCAGUCCAUUGUGCGAUAUGUUGAUGCAGCGGAGGAUCAGAACUUUGGAUAUCUUGGUCUUCAACUUUGUGAAUGCACCCUGGAAGAAUACAUCAAAGAUAAAGAUGAUUCUCUGCUUUUGGAUAAACUUGUCCUUCAAGUCCUCAAGAGUUUACAGGUGCUUCAUUCUCGAGAUCCUCAAAUUCUCCACCGGGAUCUCAAGCCACAGAAUGUUCUGAUCGAUGUUCAGGGGAGGGCCAGACUGGCUGAUUUUGGCAUCAGUAGACGGCUUGUCAAAGAUCAAACAAGUUAUCGCACAAGCAGUGCAGGAACAAAAUGCUGGAUGGCGAAGGAGACUUUAGCAGAAGGAGACAUACCAUACAAGUCAAGCACUGAUAUACAGGUGGCCGGAAUGCUCAGUUAUUACAUCCUCUCUGGAGGACACCAUCCUUUUGGGGACCAAUCCUUUAAAGUUGAGAGCAACAUUUAUGAAGGACUCUACACUUUGGGCCACGUUCAAGACGUGGUGGCAAAGGAUCUCAUUGAGUGGAUGAUCGAUAAAGAACCAAAGAACAGACCUCAAGUGGAAGAAUGCUUGAGUCAUCCCUUCUUCUGGAUGCCUAAAAAGAGAGUUCAAUACCUCGUAAGGAUUGGCAACAAGGAUGAAGCGAAAAAGUCUCGAACGGCUGACCAGGAACUCCUUUGUUCAUUGGACAAAUGGGCCCCAGAGGGAUCCUUCAAACAGUGGAAAACAAAAUUUUCCUCCGAGUUGGUCAAAAAGAUGGACGGCAAUAACAAAGCCUACCCUGACAACACACUGGGAUUACUGCGCUUCAUACGGAACCUCGAUGACCACCGUGCCGUGGAGGCCGCUCAAGUUGACGUGUUGGAGCUAUUUCCUGAUCUCUUUGGAUGUGUUUUCAAGUUUGCCAAGACCAAAGGGUGGAAUUCAGAGAGCCCCUUGAAGGAAAUGUUUCAAAGAGAAGACAUCAGCAUCAGCUUUACAAAGCUGACAAUACGCCCUGAUGCUGAUCUGGGUGUCCCUGUUCAAGAGUCUCAACCCGGGGACCUGAAGUGAAGUUUAAAUCAAAAUGGCAGAAAGACUUUAAGCAGUCAGCGAUGGAAAAAACACAGACAAUUCUGAUGUUAUACUUUCUAAUCGUUGUGGUGUCUAGCCCAUGGCCCAUAGGAAGAACUUGGCAAAAAGACCGCACAGAAAUGAAGUCUAAUAGAUAUUUUUCACACAUUACAUUGUCUGACUUAUAAUAGAAGAAAAAGCACAUGUGUUAAUAAUAUCAUUAGCAAUGCCUCGGUUUCCAGUAAGCCGUGACAAGGACCCUGAAACCAGAGCAGCAAUGGAAAGCAGCCAUAAUUAAUUUUAUUAUUUUGUCUUUUUCCUAAUGUGACAUGUCUAUUAUACAGAGAACUAUUUUACAGAAAGUGACAGCAACAGUAAGUAUAUUAAAAAAUAAGGCUGUCGUACUAUUUUUAAGGGACAUUUUCUUUUCAUAUUAUGUCAUAUAUUGUAUCCCUUUACCAUUAUCCUACGGAACUAUUCUACUUUGAUUCCGUUCCCUUUUCAGAUGCUUGUAGUUGCUAGUUACUUCACAAAAUACCUAACUACUUCCACAUUUGAUUCUUUGUUUGAGAUGUUACUGUUAUUUUUUUCUAUCAUUACAAUUUUAAAUGUUAUAUUCUUGCUCAUUUCUGUGGUGGUUAAAAUGUUUCAAAUUGGGUGCUUCCAAAACAUAUAUACAUAGGGUGUAUUAAACUUUUACAUUGUCUUAUAUUAGGCUUAAAUUACAUCGACAAAGCUGAUUGAGAGGGCACACAAAGCUCUCUCCCUCAGACAAGGGUCAACACCGCCAGACAGAGAAAGACCCAGCGGCCUUGUGCUGUAAAAAUGAAAUAUUCUUGCUCAUUUCCAUGACAUUGCUUCAAUAUAUCGGUCGAAAAGACAACAAAGGAAUGGCUAUAAUGAACUGUAAAAUAUUAUAUCCUAUACUGAUUUCUUUCACAAAAAGGAAAAAUGUUGUUAUUACUUUUAGUUUUUUGAGCUAAUGGGCCUUAUCCCAUGACUUGUGACCAAAGCCUUUCAGAAUGAUUAUCAGAGGAGCAAAGAGGUUCAUUCUGUUUGACAAUAUUGAAUGUUGACUUCCAAGAUACGAAAUAUACAUAAAGCAUAGCCUGCAAUACCACUACAUGUUUUUCCCACAAAAACCUAAACUGUACGUCCUAUAAUUUUUUUUUUUACUGCAUCUUUCGAGACCAUGCCAUUAAAAAAAUGAUGUUUGCCACAGUCCUUUUAUCUAUUUUUUUAACCGUCUCAUUAAGCGCACGUUAUUGUAGAUAAAUAGAAACAUAAUGGAACAUGCAUGCUUUAUAACAUGACACAGUUUUAAGCAGAUUGAGUGUGAACAUGUACUGUAGGUAAGGGUAUCAAAAUAAAUGGGGGAAAUUGUAAGAUUUGUUUUCAUGAUGUUUCUGAUUAUAGCACAACCUUAGUUGAAGGUCAAGUCUCCAUUCUCAAUUACUGUUUUAACUUUAUUAAUUAAAGAAAAGUUGAAAUAUUUUUUCUUUAAUGUGAUGUUAAAAUAUUUCUCUAUGUAUCACAGUAACUGGUUCAGACCAGUUUAGAUAUUGUAUACCCCCACACUGUGUUUUCAGGAUUUCUUGUUGUGAAAGGGGUUUUAACUUUCAGAUGUGUAUGAAUGAAUAUGAUGCCUUUUCAAAUGUUGAGAAGUUUAUGCCACAGACUACCCUGAGUAACCGUCUGAUACUUUUCGCUUGCAAGCAUUAAACAGAUAAAGACAA